AUGGGUUUUGAGGAAUUGCUGGACAAGGUGGGUGGCUUUGGGCCUUUUCAGCUGCGCAAUCUGGUAUUGAUGGCCCUGCCCCGGGUCCUGCUACCCCUGCAUUUCCUCCUGCCCAUCUUCCUGGCUGCUGUGCCUCCCCACCACUGUGCCCUGCCUGGUGCCCCUGCCAACCUCAGCUCCCGGGAUGUGUGGCUGGAGGCCCAUCUGCCCAGGGAGCCUGAUGGCACCUUUAGUUCCUGCCUCCGCUUUGCCCGUCCCCAGGCUCUCCUCAACACCACCUUGGGGAGGGAGGCGCGCGGCUCUCGGGAGCUGGAAGGUGAACCCUCCACAGCACCUUGCUCUCGGGGCUGGGAGUACGACCGCUCAGAAUUCUCCUCCACCAUUGCGACCGAGUGGGAUCUGGUGUGCACCCAGAAAGGCCUGAACAAAGCUACAUCUACCUUCUUCUUCAUCGGUGUGCUGCUGGGGUCUGUGGUCUAUGGAUAUCUAUCGGACAGGUUUGGGAGGCGCCGGCUUCUGCUGGCGGCCUACGUGAGCACCCUGCUGCUGAGCUCGGCGUCUGCGGCCUCAGUCAACUACGUCAUGUUUGUCGUCUUCCGCACGCUAACCGGCUUAGCCCUGGCUGGUUUCACCAUCAUCGUGUUGCCACUGGAGCUGGAAUGGCUGGAUGUGGAACACCGCACAGUAGCCGGUGUCCUGAGCACCAUCUUCUGGACAGCCGGUGUCAUGCUGCUGGCACUGGCUGGGUACCUGAUACGGGACUGGCGAUGGAUUCUGUUGGCUGUCACCCUGCCUUGUGUCCCGGGCAUCCUCAGCAUCUGGUGGGUACCUGAGUCUGCACGCUGGCUUCUGACACAGGGCCGUGUGGCGGAGGCCCAAAGGUACUUGCUCCGCUGUGCCAGGAUCAAUGGGCGGCACAUGGGUCAGGACAGCCUGAGUGAGGAGGCCCUGAACAAAGUAGCCACUAUGGAACGGGUAGUCCGAAGACCCUCAUACCUGGACCUGUUCCGAACCCCGCAGCUCCGACACCUCUCACUGUGCUGCAUGGUGAUGUGGUUUGGCGUGAACUUUUCCUAUUACGGCCUGACUCUGGACCUGUCCGGGCUGGGGCUGAACGUGUACCAGACGCAGCUGCUGUUCGGAGCCGUGGAGCUGCCUUCCAAGCUCGCGGUCUUCUGGUCGGUGCGCUACGCCGGCCGCCGCCUCACCGAGGCGGGGACGCUGCUGGGCGCCGCGCUGACCUUCGGCCUCCGGAUGCUCGCGGUCCCCGAGACCAAGUCCUGGACCAUCGCCCUGGUGGUGAUGGGAAAAAGUUUUUCUGAAGCCGCGUUCACCACGGCCUACCUGUUCACUUCCGAGUUGUACCCUACCGUGCUCAGACAAACGGGGCUGGGGCUUGCUGCACUGGUGGGCCGGCUUGGGGGCUCUUUGGCCCCACUGGCAGGCUUGCUGGAUGAAGUGUGGGUGUCGCUGCCCAAAAUUGCUUAUGGAGGGACAGCUCUGCUGGCUGCCGGCACUACCCUCCUGUUGCCAGAGACAAGGACGGCACAGCUCCCAGAGACAAUCCAGGACGUGGAAAGGAAGAGUGCCCUGUCCAGUGUUCAAGAGGAAGAGAUGCAGGCCCAGAACUGAGUGGAACAGGGACAGACACCUCCACGGAAGCUUCGCAGGAGGGGCCGACAGGAGACCCUUGUGACCAGGACAAGCCCCUCUACCGCUGGUGCCCUCUGCCUGUGCCCAUCCAGCCUUGACUGUUCAGUCUCCAGCAACAGGACAUCCCAGAAUGCAGUGGAGAUUCUGGGCAUCCUCAUGGCUGAUUCUCCUGGGUUGGGGCAGCAGUGAGGAGAUUUGGGAAGCCCAUUAGAUAGGAAGCCAUGGAACUGGCCCUGGGCUCUUACUCUAGCUUUGCCACUCAUUUUGUGUGACCCCAGGCUAUGUCCCUCUCUGGUCUCAAG